GCAGAACAGCUCUCUGCUCGCUGGGCAGUUUUGAACUCUUAGUUAUGAAUAGUAACAUUCCCAGGGGAUAGCUUUGGAUAUUGAACGUUUAGAAUUACAUCGAGCCAGAGCCAACCAUGUCGUCUUUGGUAGAAACAUUGACUGCCUCGGGCGGUACUGAGUCUGUUGGAUUUCUCAACGACAUCGUGAGGCAGCUAUGGCCCAAUAUUUGCGUUGCCGGUGCCCGCAUGAUCAAGGAAAUCGCGGAACCCAUCUUCGCCACUACCCUGCCAAGCCCUCUCAACACGCUGCAGUUCAAGAAGAUCGACCUCGGAACCGUCCCGCUUCACUUCUCUAAGGUGGAUGUGCACAGGACCGAGAACGAAGGGAUCAAGCUGGACCUGGAUAUUGACUGGGAUGGCAAGUCGGACAUUGAGUUGGACGGAAGCAUGCUUCCGAAAAUGGGAAUUGAGCAUUUCAAGCUCAAGGGCAGACUUUCCAUCCUCCUCUGCCCCCUGACCAACACUCUCCCCUUGAUCGGCGCCGCGCAAGUGGCCUUCAUCAACCCCCCGUCCCUAGAACUAGACUUCACGGACGCGGCGCACAUUGCCAACCUCUCCGUAAUCGACAAGGCCAUCCGCAAGGUGAUCCUGUCCAUCAUCGCCUCGUACGCCGUGCUGCCCAACCGGUUCCUGGUCAAGAUCGACCCGUCCAACGAUUUCUUCCGCACCUACCAGCACCCGGAGGGCGUCCUGCGCCUCAGUGUUGUUUCGGGAACCAACCUCGGCCGGAGCAAGGAGGGCAAGUCAUUCCUUAAGAAGCUGGUGCACGACGAGCCGGAUUGCUACGCCAAGGUGGCCGUUUCGGCCGAGGCUGAGUGGCAGACGGCGACCGCCAAGAACUCGCGGAACCCGACGUGGAACGAGACGCGGGAUUUUGUUAUUUCGGACUAUGACCAGAGCAUCGGGGUUGAUGUCAAUGAUGACGAUACAGCCAAUACGGAUGAUGAUAUCGGCUUGGCAACGACGACGGUCAAGAAAUUGCUUCUUUCCGGCGGCAGACAGGAGCUCCCGCUUACCCAUAAGGGGGUGGCGACCGACGGGAGUGUGGUCAUCGCCGGGGAGAUGUUCAAGUUUGUGCCGAGGCCGGAUAGCUUUGGGGAAGAGGGGCCGGGUAUCCAUGGCAUGAUGACCGUGCUAGUUGCCUCGGCGUUUGGGAUCCAGGGGAGGAGGGAGCAACUAAAGCCGAGCGUCAAGGUUGAUUGGGGGACGCACGGUAAUUUCCGCACCGCCAUCAAGCAGGAUGCGCCGGGGAGCGAUGUGCAGAAUCCAUCGUGGGAUCAGGCGUUUAGGAUUCCCAUUCUAGCGCAUAUGAUUCCUGGUCCGCCGGUGAGGAUUACGCUCAUGGACGGGGAGCAGGAGAGGGGUUCGGUGCAUGUACCACUCGACGAGGUGCUGGCUGCCCAGAACAUGCAGCUGGAGAAGUUCUUUGAAGUGGGUGACGGGGCCACGGUGAGGGCUGGGAUUUGGUUGAGGGGAACAGCUCCUGCAGAGUAAGGCUUGUAGGUGUUGACCGGAUUUGCGUAGUGCAGGUUCGAUGCGUUCGAACGCCAGAUUUAACACUUUCA